CUUUGGAUUUAAACAAAGGCAUAUACAUUACUUAAGGAAAUCAACCCGGAUUUUUACACCAAAAUAGUAGCGUCAGGAUAUAUGAAACCAGUUCCAUGCACCACAGACGAUGACUGUCCCAACUUGCAUAACUUAGAUAUCUACUCAAGAUAUGGUUCGGCUGCUCAGCGAAGGGGAAGCAAUCUUAUUGCUGACUGUGGUUGCAUUUUGAGUUUAGCGAAGAACAGGUUUAGACUUUUAGAACUUUCUUUUCGCGUUUUAUCUGUAUGCCAUGUUCCCGUAAAAAUGUUAGUACUUCACGUGUGUAUGAAGGACUUGCUUGCCAGACCAGAAGAAGUUUAUGAAAGAUAAUUGUUGAGCUUAUCUGGACUUGACGGCAUGAGCUCAGACGAUGUUACGUGAGAUGAAAGUUGUGAUGAAGAAACCUGCUGUCUACUUUGUUGGUGUUUUCACUAUUUCCUAAAAGAUGAGAGAUGACGAUGUGGAAAUCCGAAAACAGGUAUAGACCUAGGAGACAACUGUACGUGCUUGGUAAGCUGGUACGAAACCGCACGGUAAACGAAGAGACUUCCUUGACAGGUGUCAAUGCUGAUGGACCAGGAUGCGGCGGCGAGAUAAAACAAAAUAUGCGACUCCCCUUUCCUGCCCGCUCACAAAGGGGAGGUUGGUAUUGCAUUUGAAUAGAUCUCCACCAGGCCCUGCUGUCACAAGCCCCGCCUGAACGGUGUGCUGCGUCAUUGUAUUCAGGCCUGCUGCAUAGUUUAUCAGCGGUCAUCUCAUCACAAGGUUUUUGUUUUUGAAUUUUGCAGAUUAUUCUUUUGAGAGUGGAUUGACUUAUUAGUCAGGUGAUGCUGAACAACUUUUUAUAGGACAGAAAAAGGAAAUUUAUCUGAAUAUGAAUAAUUCCAACAGGUACCAUUUACUGGAAUCAGGCAAUCGACAGUUGCUGAAACCCAGGAUGAGGUCACCAAGCAAGAUGAUGUAUUUGUCCUUGUUCAUUCUGGUCACUGGAGUCACUCUUUGUGCACUGAACAUUUACCAGCUGCACAGAAUCAAGGAAGACCACAUGUUUCAUCAUGCUGCUGGCCCCAUAGUGGAAGGGAGUAAUGAUGAAAAUAAGCAGAAAUCAGAAAAGCCUAUUGCAUGGGUUGCUGGUAAAAAUCUUCACACAGGGUACUUGAAACAUGUCUUUGAUGUCCUCAGUCAUGUGGGAUUUGUCACUGGGGACUACACAGCUGAUUGGUCAUUGCUGUGGUCACAUGAUUACCCUUUCAAAACAUUUGCUCCACAGUUGUCCAGUCUGAAGCCAUACCAAAAGAUUAAUCAUUUCCCAGGGUCUGGUUAUAUCACCAAUAAAGUUAGUUUAGCCACAAGCACUAUGAAAUUCAUUCCCAGAGCCUUCAAACUUCCAGAAGAUAGAGAUAAGUUUCUGUCUUUCAGCCAGGAUCAUCCAGAAGUGAUGUGGGUGCAGAAAAGCAACACUCAUCGUGGUAUUCAGAUCAGGAACACAUCUGACCUUGACCUGAAAAAAGAAGGGUCGUUUAUACAGGAGUAUGUCAGUAAACCUUUCCUUAUUGACAAGCACAAGUUUGAUAUUGGAGUGUACACCAUUCUGACAUCCAUCAACCCCUUAAGAGUAUAUAUAGUAGAAGGUGACAUCCUGUUUCGAUUUUGCCCACAAGAGUACUACCCUUUUGAUCCCCAAAAUCGUGAUAAGUACGUGGUUGGAGAUGACUAUCUGCCCAUGUGGAAAGUCUCAUCUUUGAAAGACAUACAUCAAAGACAUGGAUUUUCUUUCAAAGAUACAUUCAAUAUCUAUAUGAAAUCAAAAGGCUUGGACUAUGAAAAGGUGUGGAGAGAUAUUCGAUCUGCUAUUGCUACUGUCUACCUUGAGAAGGAAAGCAAACUUAUUGAAUCAGCAUUGGCAUAUCUAGACACCAAUAACUUUUUUGAAAUGGUGCGUUUUGACUUUGUGCUGGAUGAGGCUCUUAAUGUGUUUCUUAUGGAAGCCAACAUGUCUCCAAAUCUUUCUUCAUCCCAUUUUCCACCAAACAAGCGUCUGUAUGAACAUGUGAUCUUUAAUGUGCUUGGUUUGAUUGGCUUGACACAUUGGAUGUCAUCUAAACAGGUUAAUUAUGAAGAUGAAAUGCGGGUUUCUUCAGCAGAUGUUAAUGUAUUUCCAGAGGUUUGCACAAAUAGUACUUGUGCUAGUUCUUGCAUGGACAUACUUUGCAGACUGUGUAAGCACUGCCGAACACAUUCUGUAGAGAAGACAUUAAAAAUUGCUUAUCUUGAGCAUGUCCAACAAGGAUCAUGCAGAAGAAUUUUUCCACCAGCUUUAAACAGGUCUGAAGUUUUGGCUUGGAAUCCCAAAUCCUCGUGGCCAGGAACCGAAGAAUUGACAGAGAGCAACAAAUUGAUGUAUCUCUGGUUUUUGGGAAUGUGUCACAAGGAUCUAUCAUGGUGUUAGAGGGAUAUCUCAAAGAGGCCAAACAUGAUGCCAGCAAAUGACACUUGAAGAAGAUUCUUUGUGAGUUUUGUGGCAUAAGCAGUAAGAUUCUGAUUCUGGCUAUUAUCUAUGCACUUGAUCAUUACACUUUUUAAAAAUCUUGGCACAAUAUUGUUUUGGCAGUGCUUGCAGGGAUGGAAGUCAGUAACUUGAUGUUAGUUUCUAUUAAGCUGACAGAUGAAACUUUAUACUACAUGCAACAUUUAGUUUGGUGGGAUAUUGAUAUUUUGAUGACUAAAUUCACAUUUUGAUCUUCGUGCGCAGUGACCAUUCAGCCACUACUGGAAUUAUGUAAAUUUUAGAAGUAAGCUUUUUCUUUUCAAACUCUGAUUAGGAUAUAGCGGGCAAAGGAGCAUAUUUUUUCUCCCAUCUUUCCCUUAAGUUUUGCUGAAAAAAGUUUAAGAUCUCUCCAAUAUACCUAAGAAUCUUCCAUCAUUACCUGCCAAAAAUGUAGAGGAUUAAUGUUUUAUCACCAUCCUGCCUUUGUUUCAUUAUUAUCCUGCCAUUCAUCAUCAUCAUCAUCAUUGUCAUCAACUUUUAUCAGGUGUGAGGUCUGCCAUUAACAGUAUCAUUUUUGCUAUCACAUUUUUACAUUUGUUCAGUUGAUCAACAUUUGGAAUAGGUUUAAGAUAUGCAAUAUAACCAACUAAAGGGGCUCCCCAAAUCACUGGAAAACUACCACUCAGCAGAAUCUUGUCUCUGUCGUCCUUGUCCCGUUUAUUUUGAAAGCUGAAAAUGUCGUCCUUGAACAAUUCAGUCUCAUAAAAGGAGAUCGCAGUUUGCUUUAUGCCUACUGCAGGAACUAAUAUCUUAGUCAUGGGCAGUAUGCCUGCAUAGCUAAUGAGUCUGCGACAAAGUUAAUAAUUACCUGUUAAGAUCCAUGUAUACUGUCUCUCUUUUUUUCCCUCUUUCUUACUCCUCCUGCAUCUCAUGUUCUUCCUACUUGCACACAUGGGCAUAAGAAUUAUACAUGUGAGAAUACUGCAUUACUUUAUUAUUAUUUGUAUGCAUAUUACCUAUGUUCAUUUCCUUGUAAUUUAUAGUUCAGAAUUGUGUGCUUAAGUUUUUGAAAAUUGCUUUUUAAAAUCAUUAUGAUGGACAUAAUACUCUUUCAUGUGAUUCUUGCAUUUCUUUGUAAGGCUCAUAAUUUUGUACUUAGGAUGAAAAAUGUUCAGUGAUCAAAUCUUUAAAAUCAAAGUCUUUGGAGAUGUGAUAUUGCAAUAUAUAUGUACCUAUAUGCAGCUUUUUAUAAUCACAAACAACAAUUUUAUGAAGCUCGUUUGUGUGCAUGGUAGUUCUAUACCAUGUCUUGGUAAAUGCCCUUUGUUUUGAGUGUAGCUGUUCAUCACAGAACAUUAGAUUGUGCAAUAUUAGAUUUUUGUUGGAUUUUUUAAAAAGCAUAGAAAUGAUCUGUAGACAGGAGUUUGAAUGAUUGUAUUAUCAGAGGCAACCAUCCAGUUAAAAAACUAUCCAAAAUAAACUGCCUAUCAAAGGGUUUAUGUCCUCAAACACAGUAGACAAUUUUUCGAGGUAACAACCCAUAGUUUUCAGGCUAUUAAAAAUGAAUUUGUGUAGUUCUACUUAUCCAUAUACUUUAUAGCACUGUUCAUAACUGUGCUGGUUGAUUGCUGCUGUUAAUAUUGCUUAAUCACUUUAGUCAGCUCUUAUCUGGUGACCUGUUAAUGUCAUACAAAGACCAUAGAUACCUUAACCAUCCACUUGGUAUCAUGUAAAAAAACGUAAAAAAUUUUGGUAGUUAUUUUCUUAUUCACUCCCUGCUAUUUGAAAUAACUGAGAUUUCUUGCACCAGUCCUUCAAUAGUGCAUCAGUGUCAUGUUAUUGACAAUCAAGUUUUGUCUUAGAAGACAUUCCUUCCAUUCUUCCAAUAACUUUCCAAAUACAUAAUAACCAGAUUUGUCUACCUUCUCAUUCUCACAUUUUCAUGCAUGUUUUAUAUUCAUGUGCUAUAUAUUUCAGACUUUUAUUAACUCCUGUUGCAGAGUUGUUUGCCGUUCUUGUUAUUGUGCCAUAAAGGAGAAGUAUAUUUUACAUUAAUAUAAUGAAAUAACUUUUGUGCUAGUAUACAUACAUCUACAAAAGAAAUGUUACAACAUUGUGAACAAAAACUGUUGAUAGUCUUUCAUUUUAAGUACACAGGCCUUUUACUUUCUGCACUAUGCAUACUUUAGUCAGUUUUUGCUAACGCAAAGCCUCAAGUGCCUGGUGUUCACCUGAACAAUGUGCAUACUAAGUACAUGCUCAUGCUGGUUUUUCCAGUAGUAAUGUUUAAAAGCCAUCCUUUUAUGGACAGUUUGAAAGGCCAGCAAUGCUGGUGAUGGUGGUACUGGUGUUAUAAAUUGUUAAAAGGGCCAUAAUCCACCAGCAUGACUGCAUUUACAUAUCUUUUCCUUUUUGAGUGGUGGAAGGGGUGGUGGUGGUUAAAGUGGUUCUUUUUACUUUUAUUCAAUUCUUAUGCGAAAAGAGUUUGCCUUUUGGUUCCUUCUUUGUUCUUGGAGGGUCUUCUGAUGAGUACUGCAGACUGGAACCUAUAGUUCUUCCAUUAUCCUUUAUAACUCCUUAUACCUUGUAUCACAAUGCUAGUUCAAUCCUAACGUUGAAAGAUGCUUCAACCAACAUUCUGAGAAACACAAUCUCUUACUUUUCUCCUGCCUCCUCUGUAUAUCUCAGUGCGUGUAAAGUCAAACUUUGGUUACUGUUCAGGGAUGUUUAUCCCCUAAACUUGCAGUACACUUACAUUACUACAUGGUGGCUCACAUGAAAUUUUCCUGAGAAAUGGUUUUAUGGUACAACAAAUGAUGCAUAAGAGCUCCAUUUAUAUUAGUGAAAAAUCUUGUGGUGUUGUGAGGUCAUUUUCAAGAAAUCGAAUCUACUUAAUAAUUAGUCUAAUUAUUAGAUCAACUUUUUAUGAAUAUGGUUAUUUUGUGGUCUCGAAGGUCCUGAUAUUUCUUUGGAAAAUAUAAAAUUUAAGAGAAAAAUGUUUUAAUUCCUUUUAUUGCCUAUGUGACUUUUUGUGUUUCAUAUUUUAGAAGAUGUGAGCAUCUUGAUUUUGCUUUUGCUGUGUUGUAACUUGUAAGCAUUAUUUUAUUUAGCGUGUGUACAUGGUUCUUACUUCAUAUGUGUUCAUUGAUCCAUUUCUUGAUUACAAGAGCAUAUUAUCUGGUGAAAUAAUGUGAAGUUAACAUAUGUAGAUUUAAAAAUCUCCAUAUCAGAUUCAUAUUGUGAAGAUUUUCAUUAUACUCCAACUAGAUAUUUGGUGUUUAGAGCCUAUUGUAGACCUAGUUUUUACUUUGUUACUUAGAUGACUUGAUUUAUUUUUAAAUGCAUCUUGUCAUAAUUUAUAUUGCUAAAUCUUUACAGGUUUGAGCUGAAAUAAAGGAAUAUUUUACUGAA